UUUGAAAUGAAACAUGUAGUUAAUGUAUAUUUAUUGAUGACGAGUGUCCCUUCCAGUCACCGUUUUGGGAUAGUUUUAUCUUUACCAUAAUUCAUGGCAAUAUGAUCCGAUAUGAGGAAAGGAAUCGGUAGUGAAUAAUUCCGCAAUGGACAGGAAUGACGCUGUGCACAGUGUUAGAUCUUUGUUGAGUUUUGCCUGGGUUUAGAUCCCCAGAGCGCGAAUCAAGUGAGUGAGUAUACUUUUUUUCUCCCAGAUCCUGCGCUGUGUGUUCCUCUCCUCGUGUAUUUUAUCGAGGACUCAGCACAACACAUUGUGAAUCAAAUGGAAAUGACUUCUGGCGAUGUCUUAUAUUUCUGAGCUGUAUUUCUGGAUUCCACAGUCAAUUGAUUAUGUACAAAUGGGGGUAUGGUUCGUUGUUAAAAAUAGCCUGACACUUAAGAUGAGGAAGCGAGAUGAACAGGUUGCUGCUUACUGAAACUUACUGGGAGCAAAUGCGAAAAUAGCCUAUGGUUCACCCGCAUCCAACCUCUUUUGGAUCGGUUCAUUUCUCUUUAAAUCUUCCAGGAAGAUUUGGACAGAAGAGCAAAUACCGCAUCAAGCAUUUACAGAUUCACAUCAAAAAUAAUCGAACUUUAUUUUUGCCAUAUGUUUUAAAUUGAAUUCGUAAAAAAAACGUUGACUUUUCGAUAAGAAGACAACAGAGGAAUCUAGCAGCUGCUUGUUGAUGGCACUACGCGCUUGGAGGACUUGGUUUGGGCAGGUUUUGCGCAGAGUGUCUAGGCUGCAGGGCUCGUGGUCCCGGCGAUCGAGCAGUCUUCUGUGUCUCUCUGCGAACCCGGAGCAGGAUUUUAGGACCUGUUACAGGGAUCACACACAUAGCAGUCUCCACUACUGCUCUUCUGUCCACCGCACCCACAGUCACCAACACGCGCCAGUCUGUCCCUCCUCUUUCAGCCGCUGCCAACGCUUUCCCGAUUGCUGCGCAGCCUUCCCGGGGGAUCGGAGGGGACAUGAGCCCCUCACUCGCCGGUUCCUGGUGGUCAUGAAGCGGCAGAACGUGCGGACCUUGUCCCUGAUCAUCUGCACGUUCACGUACCUGCUGGUCGGGGCCGCAGUGUUCGAUGCCCUGGAGUCAGACUUCGAGAUGCGGGAGAAAGAACAGCUGGAGGCAGAGGAGAAGCGUCUCCAAGGGAAAUACAACAUUAGCGAGGACGACUACCGCAAACUGGAGACCAUCAUUAUGGAGGCCGAGCCCCACAGGGCCGGAGUUCAGUGGAAAUUUGCGGGAUCUUUUUACUUUGCCAUCACAGUCAUCACCACCAUAGGUUAUGGCCAUGCAGCUCCCGGCACAGACGCGGGGAAGGCCUUCUGCAUGUUCUAUGCCGUCCUGGGGAUACCCCUGACCCUGGUCAUGUUCCAGAGCCUGGGCGAGAGGAUGAACACCUUCGUCAAGUCCCUCCUGAAGCGCAUCAAGAAGUGCUGUGGCAUGCGCAUCACCGACGUUUCCAUGGAGAACAUGGUGACGGUGGGGUUCUUCUCCUGCAUCGGGACGCUGUGCAUCGGGGCGGCCGCCUUCUCCCACUACGAGGACUGGAGCUUCUUCCAGAGCUACUACUACUGCUUCAUCACACUGACUACCAUCGGUUUCGGGGACUUUGUGGCCCUGCAGAAGAACCGGGCCCUGCAGCGGAGGCCCCUGUACGUGGCCUUCAGCUUCAUGUACAUCCUGGUGGGCCUGACUGUCAUAGGAGCCUUCCUCAACCUGGUGGUGCUGAGGUUCCUGACCAUGAACAGUGAAGACGAGAGGCGGGACGCAGAGGAGAGGGCCUCGCUGGCGGGGAACAGAAACAGUAUGAUCAUCCACAUUCAGGAGGAGACGCUGGGGAGAGGAGGAGGUGCAGGAAGGAGGCGCAGGGAGACGCAGGGCCAGUUCUGCGCCGAGGUCAACGAUGUGCCAUCUGUCUGCUCCUGCAUGAACUACAACUCACAUGAGUUUGGUAGCUGUGGGGGAGAGAUGGGAGUAGGGGGAGGGAUGGGGGGAGGAGGAGGAGGGAUAGAAUGUGCCUUUUCCCACCAGAACUCCUUUAGUUCCCAGUUGAACCCCCACCAGUACUUUCACUCGGUGUCGUACCGCAUCGAGGAGAUCUCUCCCAGCACCCUAAAGAACAGCUUCUUCCCCUCGCCCAUUAGCUCAGUCUCCCCAGGCCUCCACAGCUUCACAGACAAUCGGCGACUCAUGAAGAGAAGGAAAUCUAUCUGAGCCUAGUGCAUCAUAGUGUUUUGAACUAUAUGUUGCAUUUCAAUGCUUUUGCCUAAAUGGUAAAACGUUGAAAUGGAACAGAUCAUCAGACUGGGUUGGCUCAUCUACACAGACAACUCCUUGCUUUCCUUUUUUUUAUAUACAAGUACAAUGCAUCUCCAAUGUUGCUCCUAACCAAAUCUUAUUUUAGAACUUUUGUUUUGUUUCUUUUGGUUGGUAUAAAGAUAUAAUAUAUUGAAGUGAUUCACAGGGAUUGAUAGAAGAGGAAGGAGCUUCGGAAAGAAAUGGAAAACCUUUUGGACAUGAAUUGUGUGUUUUUUUCUUGUGAGGGAUUCAAGGCAUGAAGCAUGGGUACUUAUUUCCCCAGGAAAAUGGCCCAUCUGAGAAAUACAAAUCAGAACCAUCAGAUGUUAUCACAACUUUCCUUAUUGCCAGCUCAUUCAAAUAGUAUAGGAUCUUGGUAACAAUGUACCAAACGAUGCACACUUAGCAUUGUAAUGGAGAUAUGGUAUUUUUUUUAAAGUGAGUGUAUGCCUGUUUCACCUUAACUUAAAAUGAUUGCAGUUAAGUGCUUUUGAAAUGACUUAAAAUGCAUCAGGUAUUAUUUUCUAUAAGCAAUUCUAUCUAUCUAGGAAGAAAAGUAAAAUGAUUUAUUUACAGAACAUCAUGCCAAAAUAUUGUUGCCAAUCUUAGCAUGUGCAUUAGAAGUCAUCAAAUGAGUGUUUCAUUUUUGUUUCUUUUUUUUUAAAUAGCAGAUUUUGUAUUAUCAUGGUUUGUGUCUGUAGAUGUUUUCUUUCUGGAUUUCAGAUUGUGUAAAAUAUGAGGAUGGGAAAAGGAGUAACAAGAGUUUUAAGGCUUUCCAGUUUGAAAAAGUUGCUAUGUGCAUGUACUUUGUGAAACUGGUAUGCAUAUAGAUGUAUGGGGGAAAAUAAUAAUAACCUUGCAAUUUGAUUGAAUUUUGAUAGCAAAUAAUCAUAAUAAUGAUUUAAAAAUAUACUUAAUUGAUUUAGCCACUUAAAAGUAAUGAUGUAUUGUGUAGGCUAAACAGCUUUUUGUUUUUCCAUUUUUUUCCAUUCUGAAAAAUUGUACAAUAACCUUUGGUCUCAGGUUUUGAAUGGAUAGCCUCUUUAGGUUCUGGUCCCCGAAUCAAAUCACAAAAGAUAUCCUGGAAAUCCGAAUGCACCUGCCAAACAAAACAAUACAUAUCAAUUUAUUUUUUAAAUAGUACAAAUUUUCCAGGAAAAGGAUAUUGAGAUGCAUCAUCUUACUAAGCGAAGCUUCCUGUACUAUAGACCAGCGUGGGAUCAGAGCGCGUGCACACACAUACAGCUCUUCACUGUAUCGAGCCAUAGAGGAGCAGGCCAGGAUACUGUACCACUGCUAUUCUAUAACAAUGUUAAUGUUGAUGACAGGUGUAAUCCAAGAGUCCAAACUUCAAUUGUGUCACUAAGAAUAUAUACACGCCUUCAGCCUACGAACACAAUGACAGGCAUUUGAGAUGUAUACAAUGAUGUUAUCCUUGGGUUUAAAUCAAAACAUUGAAAUUCAAUGACAGUCAAAUGGCAAUCAAUGGGUGAAAAAUGACGAGAUGAAGGAGCAAUGCAAUACUGGGCAUUGAUUCGUUAAGCACAAAAUGUGCCAAUUAAGUCGGCAACAGGGCAAAGGGAUAAAUGCCAUGGAUACCAUUAGGUAGAUUUCCAUUGACACAGGUUAAUUAAACAAAAUAAAUGUUGUAAAAAAAAACGUUGCAAUGUGUAAUGAAAACGGCAGAUAUUGGAGACAUUUUUGUAAAGAUCAACAAAAAUUGUAUCCGUUUUACAGGAUAUUUAUUUUGUCUAACUUUCUUUGUUGCGGCAAAUGAUGAUGGAAAACACAUUUUUUUUUAAACGAUGAUUGCCGAAUAAUUUUGAAGGUACGCGGGGAAAGUGUUGUCAUCACGUAGGUUGACUAUAAAGGUCCACUUCACAAUCCUAAAUGCAUACUGCUUGCAACAUCUAUUUGAUAAAAAUCUAUAAAAAAUGAUGUUUCUUUGCAAGACAAGGAUUGUUCUGACUUUCAAGAAUGCCUGAAUUGCUUCACCUUGCUCUUAUGGUUGGCUGGCAAGUUUCGCCAUCCAAUUAUUUCAGAUCUACAGGAGUGCACAGACCUAGGCGACAUGUUGGUACAUGAGAAUUAUUAUGGAAAAUAUUAGUCAAUUAUUGCAUUUUAGUAUCCUUGCUGACUUUUGCAGGCUACCUGAGACAUGAAAGAGAUAGGUGAGAGGGCAUACAGGCUGUUGCCAAUUUAUUAAUGCGGAAAUUGCCACAAAUGGGUAAUGGGAACAAUUCAACCAAUACAUUUUUAUUCAAGCCAACGUAAACUCACCCCAUUCCGUACAAAUGUGCGCAACCACAACAUUCAAACGAGGCUACAAAGAACUGUAGUGACUGUGUUGACAUCAAAAUCGGGGGUGUGAACUAGGUUUCUAUUCAAGCGUUAAUCGACAUGGUAAUAAUGGCUCUAUAGUAGUGGAGAAAAGUUGAAAAAACUGACCCUCUGAUGUUACAUCUUGACGUGUCAUGUCGUAACGAACAGCAGCAUAAAGCAACUAUUUCCGUCUUACAAUCUCUCUCCACCAGGUGUAGCACUUCUCUCAUCCUUUAAAAACAGGAAAUGGACAGUGACGGGGGUAAGGGGGGUACCUAGUCAUUGUUUUGCGUCAUCACUGCAUGCGAUCAUCAUUCUCAAAGCCGCUGUUUACUUCUAAGAUCACUUUAGCACCGCCCUAAAAACCCCAUUCAAAUUCGACACAAACCUUCAAAUAGGUAUGUAAUGACACAUUAUAUAAACUCUUUAUAGUGUUUUAUUUACAUUUUUAGAGGCGAUAAGGUGAUAAGUGUGACAGAUCGAGUGAAAAAAAGCAGUUUUCCCACACAUCUCCUCUCCUCCUCACUAUCACACAUUAGUUUCGCUUCCCCACCGCCAUUUUUAAAACGACCCGACGGGGCUCAUUGCCUGCUUGAAUUAUGCAGAAAUGUGCAGCGUUUAGGUCAUGUAAUUGAUUCUGUUGGUAAGGGGAGAAAUUGUGCUUUACAAUGGUAUUGACAUUACAGUUGAAAGGAAUUAUGGAAGUAUUACGUUUUUAGUGAGCUAAAAUAAGGGCAAUUGUACGGACCAAGGCGAUGUAUGAGUUUACGUGAGUUUACGUUAGGUUUUUCCAAAAACGUUUUGGGGUUUAGCUGUGACGUCAUUACGGCCAGUUGUUAUCGACACAAGAUAGUUAAAUGGAAACGCACCCUAGCAGACAAAACAAUACAUAUCAAUCGCAUCUAAUUUCUAUGUCGACAAAAAAAAUCCCUGGACAAGUUAAUGGAAACAUACCUAGUGUCUGUCUUAAAUGAAAAUAACAAAACAUGAACAUCCAAGGUUCUAGAAUGUUCAGAUGACCCUAGAAAUGCAUAUGUAAAUAUACAGACUACUUUAUAUCUACUGUACAGUACAUAUAUUGUAAGUAUUCAUCCUUUGGAAUAAAACGGCCUUUCCACAGCUCAGAUGCGUUAGCAUUUUUACACAUUUUAGCAUAUGUGCCUUUAAAAAACUAUAUUUCAAUGUUUCUAUACCUGUAGGCACAUUUUAUGUCUGUGAAAUAAAUCAAACACUUGUCCUUAUAAAAUAUGUAUCCAUCUCUAAGGAUUCAUGUACACUUCAUACAAAUGCAAACCAAAGCAGAAAUGGACUUAUUUUCGGCAAACCACACAGACACAAGCCAGCUGAUUUACAACUUAAAAAGUACUUAUUUAGACAGAACUGCCACAGGUUCUACGCUUGUCGAAUUAUUGAGGUGAAUGAUUGGGUAUAGGUGGAGAAAUCACUCUUACAUUUAGCUAAACUACUACAUGUGUAAUUUAUUGGCGUAGAUGGUGGACGUGCACAUGGAUAUUAAGGGUUGAGAGUCAAUGUUAAAGUCAUUUUGAUUGAUUAUGAGUCAAUAUUGGCAAUAUCCAAUACAUCUCUAUUUAUUCCAUUUUAUUUUAAAGUGCAUACCAGCAUUUUAAUGACUGAUCAUACCAUAGUGAGGUGAUGCCAACAUGAUAAUGCUUUACAAUGAUUCACAAGAGAGUAAAACAAUAAUUGUUACUGAGGUUUGCUUGCCAGGAAAUGUACCAUAUUACCAUGCAUGGAUUAAAUGCUGAGUGAGUCAACAGAUAACAGAUGUUUGUUAACACAUAUAUAAAACACAUUGUACGAAAGACAUUGAUAUUGACUUGUGGUAUGUAUAUUAGUUGUUGCAUUAUCCCUGCUCUUUCAAAAUGAUACAUUUGGCUUUUUACCUCCACGCUGUGCAGCCAGAAACAAAAAGUACUCUGGAUUCAGAUGGUUAUUGGCCGAUCUUUCUGCAUUCUGCAUGUCCUCCUAAUGCCUGAGGCUUAAUGUGGCAGAUAUCGCCAUGUGCCGGCCAGCGUUCUAUCUGCCCAGAAGUCCAAAGUGCCAAGUUCUCCUAUUACAGGGACAAAGAGACACAUAUUGCACAACUAUAUGUGUCGUGAUGAACUCAAGAAGGCUGUUGGGUUACUUGUAUAAUUCCAUGUUACUGUUUAUUAAUUUCUCUAAUUUCAUGAGUUAAAAAAAUAAUCCUUUGCAAUAGAUUUUUUUUAUUUUUAGGUCUAUUGAACAAAUGCCAUGUACCAUGUUAAUUUUAACAUUACAAAAAUGCUAAAUGCAUACCAUCUCCACAUGACACGUUUUAUCAAUUUGGUUAAACAAAUGACCAAAUUGACCCAAUGGACAUUUUUGUUUCACAGUUUUGGAAAACUCCUGAUGUCAAUACAUGCAGCGGUAUGGGGUUUCUCUUUUCAAUAAAUGGGAAAGAGCAACUUGUUGAGGAAACAACCAUUUAUGUUUAUGUUUUCAUUUUUGUGUGUGCAUGAUUUGGUGUGGUGACUUCCUGGUCAGGUGACCUGGGUGAAGCUAUGACACCACUUGAAUAAAAACUAUGAGCCUCCUUCUCACAUGGCCCAA